UUGUAAGGGGAAAAAACUGGACCAGCACACCUUUAUGUUAUCUGAGGCAGGACAAAGAUGUAAAAAAAGUUGUUCAACACUGUAACAAAACAUGUUGAGCUUUGAGCCAUGUCAUUGGCUAAAAAAAGUCUGAGAGGAAAAUGCAAUGGCUCUUAAGGUCAGGGCAGACCCUGCUAUAAAUGUAUUGCAACAGACUAACACCUUUACUCACUCUACUACAGCGCAUGGUGAGCUAUCACCUCUCAUCUCUACGGGGACAAUAUGAGUGCUUCUGUGGCCGUGUACAGGAAUAUUUACACAGAGGAUCGCUUCAAACAGGCCUACGGCUCCGAUGAUAGCACAAGUGGAAGUUUGCGGCUCUGGGACAAGCUUGCCGGGAGGUGCAGGUGUUCAAGGCAAACUUGCCUUCACCUGUUGAGGGAGAGAGUGCCCAUUUUCAACUGGCUGCCAAGAUACAGACUAAAGAAAUGGAUUUUAGGAGAUACUAUUGGGGGACUGACAGUUGGUAUUCUUCACAUUCCACAAGGCAUGGCCUUUGCGUUACUCACGUCUGUGGCACCAAUAUUUGGCCUUUACACCUCCUUCUUCCCUGUGGUCCUCUACAUGUUUUUUGGCACAGGUCGCCACGUGUCCACAGGUACCUUUGCUGUGGUGAGUCUGAUGACUGGUUCUGUGGUCGAGCAGCUGGUUCCCACUCCUCUUGAGAUGAACUCCAGUUCGCCUGAAGCGGCCAACUUUGAGGCCCAGAGGAUUGGAGUUGCUUCAGCUGUAGCCCUCCUCUCAGGAAUUAUUAUGCUCUGUAUGUUUGGUCUACAGCUGGGCUUCCUCUCCACCUAUCUGUCAGAGCCAAUUGUUAAGGCUUUCACUAGUGCUGCCGCCUUCCAUGUUACCAUCUCGCAGCUGCAAAGCAUGCUGGGGCUGCGGCUUCCUCGCCACACUGGGUCCUUCUCUCUCUUUAAGACUUUAGCGUCUGUGAUGGAGAACCUGCCUCACACUAACGUGGCUGAGCUGCUGAUUUCCUUGGUGUGUUUGGCUGUUCUGGUCCCAGUGAAGGAGGUCAACAUGCGUUAUCGGCAGCGCCUACGUACACCUAUCCCCGUGGAGAUUGUCACGGUGAUUAUUGCUACAGGCGUGGCUUAUGCCUCCUCACUGGACUCUACUUACAACAUUGAAAUAGUUGGCCACAUCCCAGCUGGAUUCCCGGGGCCACAAAUGCCUGCCUUGCACACUUUCCCUGACAUUGCAGGAGACACAGUAGCCAUAACAUUUGUUGGGUACGCUGUGUCGGUUUCACUGGCAAUGAUCUAUGCCGAUAAACAUGGAUACUCCAUACAUCCCAACCAGGAGCUCCUGGCUCACGGUAUCUCGAACACAGUGUCUUCUUUUUUCACAUGCUUUCCCAGCUCAGCCACUCUUGCUACCACUAAUAUACUCGAGAGUGCUGGAGGAUACACACAGCUCUCUGGCUUAUUCACAAGUCUGGUUGUUCUGGUUGUCCUGCUGCUGAUUGGACCGCUGUUCUACUUCCUACCAAAGGCAGUCCUGGCAUGCAUCAACGUCACCAGCCUCAGGCAGAUGUUCCUGCAGUUCCAGGAGUUACCUGAACUGUGGAGAAUCAGCAGGAUUGACUUUAUGGUUUGGGUGGUAACGUGGCUCUCUGUAGUGGUACUCAACGUGGAUCUUGGCCUGGCCAUCGGAGUAGUUUUCUCUAUGAUGACCGUCAUCUGUCGCACACAAAGGGCUGGUUGUUCAGUGCUUGGUCGGGCCAGUAACACAGAAAUUUACAGACCUCUGGAGAAAAACAGCAAGUGCUAUGAGGUACCUGGGGUGAAGAUCCUGACUUACAACGGGCCUAUUUACUACGGCAACCGUAGCUUCUUCAGGGAGGAGAUGAGCAGGCUGCUGGGCCUGACGCCAGAGAGAAUCCGCGGCCGAGAGAAGGCUAGGAAAGCCCUGGAGAAAAGGGAGAGAGAGGCCAUCGUCAGCACUGUGGAAAGAGCCAUUGCAAACACAUCAUUUUCUUCAGAAAACGAGUUCUUUAAAUCUGAAACAUCUGAGAGGGAUGUUCAGGCAGUGUUAAUUGAUUGCAGCAGUGUGACUUUUGUUGAUGUUGCUGGAGCAAGACUCUUUACACAGAUGUGUACUGAAUGCCAGAAAGUUGGAGUGUAUGUAUAUUUGGCAAACUGCAAUGAGAGCGUAUUGAAGAUCCUAACAUCAAGUGGUUUAAUGAACUACAUGAACCCUCAACAUAUUUUUGUCACUGUUCAUGAUGCAGUGAUGUAUAUUCAACAGCAGAAGGAAAAACCUCCAGAGAACACCACGACUGUUUGGGUAUGAGCCAGGAGGCAGUGACGAUGACUCAUGGUCCCAGCAGCAAGCGAGGUUUGGGCUACAAAGACAGAGGCCAAUAAGAAUUCUACAUGUUGUAGAGAUUAUAUCUCUCAGAUGUAUAGCAGUAAUUCAGCAUUUGGUCCGUAUUUCAAUAUAUACCAGUGUUUCAAAGAAGCAGUAGCCUGUUGUAGCACUAUGUCAUGAAUUACAAUACUUAAUAACGUUACAUUGUUACCAGUUUUCUCAUAGAUAUUGAGGCACACUUCAAUCUGAUACAGACAAAUAGUAACAAAUCUCAAUAUCCUCAUAUAUUUGGUGUAAAAAACAAUA